AUGAUAUCACCAAUUUAUUCAAAUUCAAGUAAUAAUAAUAAUAAUAAUAUUAAUAAUAAUAUUAAUCGGUCAAAUAGUAUAUCUAAUCCAUAUAUUCCAAUAAAUAUGACAGAUGAUAAUCAUAUAAAUAAUUUAAAUCCAAAUCCAAAUAUAAUCCAUAAUCAACCAAUAUUAAUGUCAAAUUCUACAUCUCUCAAUUCAUUAAAUUCAACAGUAUCAAAUAAUAAUAAAAAAACUAAUUCAACUAAUGAAAUACCACUUGAAUUAACUGCAUAUGGUACUACUCCCUCGGGUAAACCAAGAUUAUUUGUUUGUCAAGUUUGUACUCGUGCUUUUGCACGAUUAGAACAUUUAAAAAGACAUGAAAGAUCUCAUACAAAAGAAAAACCUUUUAGUUGUGGUGUUUGUCAAAGAAAAUUUUCAAGAAGAGAUUUAUUAUUAAGACAUGCUCAAAAAUUACAUGCUGGUUGUACUGAUGCAAUAACAAGAUUGAGAAGAAAAUCAAUAAAGAAGAAUUCAAAAAUUGAAGAAUCUAAUGAUUCUUCAAAAGAGCCAUCUCAACAACCACCUGAUCCAAUAAUUAAACAAGAAGCAGAUACUAAUGUUGAAUUUAAUUUAAAUUUAUUUGAUAAACCGAAACAAUCAAGUAAAAAUAAAGUGACGAAAAAGAGACAAAGUCAACAACAACAACAACAACAACAACAACAACAACAACAAUCAUCUACAUCAACUUCUGCCUCAACUAGAAGAAACUCUAAUCAAACUCAAAAUGUCUCUCAACCGCAACCAAUGCAAAGACAAAUCUUCACUCCAAAAAGAACUUCAUUUAGUGCUCAAUCAGGUGCAAAUUAUGCUAAGAACCUAAGCGAUUUAAAUGAAUUAUAUCCUGAAACAUCAAAUGUUGAAUUUUCAACUCCUCAAUUAUUACCAUCAAGUUUAGAUAAUGAAAUCACUUGGUUAAAUAAUAUACCUGGUUUAUCAAGUUUAAAUGAUAGUAAAAGACCUUCUAUGAGUCAACAUCAACUACUACAAUCUCAUCAACAACCAUUAUUACCUCCAAAUUUAAAUCAUCAAAAUUCACUCUCGUAUGCUGGUAAUAUGAUGAGAACAGAUAGUUCAAGUAGUUCAAAUUUUAUGAUGCCAACAGUAACAAUGUCAAAUCAAGAAUUGAAUAAUCCAGCAAUUCAAAAUAAUUUUCAACCUCCUCAUUUACAAUUUGAUCAAAUCCCAAUGGAAUUUAAAAAAGAAGAUACUAAUAAUUAUGGAUAUGGAUUUUAUGAUGUUAUGAACAAUAAUAAACAAACAAUGAAUCAACAAAAUCAACUUCAAAAUUAUUUAGAACCCCAACAGGGUUACUCAUUUUAUGAAAUUCCCGAUGAAAAUCCAAGUUUCAAUCAUAAAUUAAAAGUAUUAACACCUAUCAAACAAGAAACAGACGAUGAUGAAAUAUUAUCAAGUCAACUGCAACAAAGACCAUCAUCUAAAAACUUUCCACGAGAUUUAUCAUUUUUAAACGAUAUUGAUCAUUUGAAUUAUGAAAUUGAUGUAGAUUCAAAAUUUGGAUGUGGUGGUUAUUCAUUUUAUGGUGAUAAUGUAUCACAAUCAAAUUCAAUAGAUAUUAUGUCACCAUUUCAUUUUCAACAAGAUUAUAAAUCAAAUGUUCAUGAUAAUUAUGUUACAAAUAAAUUAUAUACAUCAAAUGUUAAAGAUUUAAUUGAUAAAGAUUUAAAUUUAUAUCCAAUUACAGGUGUAAGUCAACCACUGAUUCCUUCAAAUGAGACAUUAGAAGUUUAUUUAGCUAAUUUUAUUAAAUUAUUUUUACCACAUAUGCCAUUUAUUCAUCCAUCUGUUUUAAAUGAAAGAAGUGUUAUGAAAUUUAACUCGCCAUGUUUACCAUUAUUAAUUGGAAGUAUAGGUGCCAUUUUAUCAAAAAAUUAUUCAGAUGCUGAAAAUUUAUACGAGGCAAGUAGGCGAUCAAUCCAUGUUUUUUUAGAAAGUAGAAAACAUGAAUCUAUCGAAGUUGCAAAUGUUAAAAAGAAUCCAUUAUGGUUAUUACAAGUUUUAACCAUGCUGGUAUUAUUUGGAAUUUUUUCAAAUAAUACAAAUAAUGUAGUCAUUGUAAUUAGACAAUUAACUGCAUUAAUAUCAUUAAUUAAAUCAUCAAUAAUUAAUAAUGGUUCAACAGAUUUAUUUUUCUCAAUGAAUCCAAUGGAUGAAGAAAUUUAUCAAAAAUUGAAUCAUCAACAUACUAAUCAAAAUGAUAUUUCAUUAUUUCAAUCUUAUAAUGAAGAAAUUACAUUUAAAAAUAAUAUAAAUUUACAACUGCAAUUAAGAUUAAUAUUCACAAUUUAUAAAAUAAAAUCGUUUCUAUCAAUAAAUUAUAAAGUACCAUUGGAAUUUUCAUUAAAUGAUUUAAAAGAUUUAAAAAUAUUAACUAGAGAAGAUGAAAUAAUAUGGAAUUUUAAAAGUUUUCAAGACUUUAAAGAAUCAAAAAAUAUAACAAUUAAUGAUGAUGAUAAACUAAAAUUUGGUGCAUUAUUUGAAUCAAAUCAACAACUACCAAAUUUAUCAACAUUUUCAAUGACUGAUUUCGUAUACGGAUUAGUUGAAUUAAACCAGUUGGAUCAAUUAAACAAAGUUGAAAAAUAUGUUAGCAAUAUAGAGAGAAAUUUUGAAUCUACUGAUUUACGUUUAUUACUUAAUUAUUUCAAUGGUCAAAGUUUUAAUUUUAAUAAUUGGAUUACUGUAUAUAAAAGCUUUGGUGGUGAUGAUAUAAACAUGGAUUCUCCAUUAGUGCAUGAUCAUAUUGAGGUUAUCGAUAUGUUAUUUAAAAGAUUACUGGUUAGUUUAAAACAAAAUAUGUAG